AUGUCACUUGAGCUUGAAUCUUUCAUCACUUGGGCCUCGAGCCUGCCUAUUCUUCUUCAAACAUCAGCCGUGGUCGGCUUCUUGGGACUGGUAUACAUUGUUUACUAUCGCUACCUACACCCACUUGCCAAGUAUCCCGGUCCUCCCCUCGCCUCGGUCACCAACCUUUGGAAAACCUACCACCUUUGGAAUUUGCAUCUCCCGCAUACGCUUGUUCGGCUGCAUGAGCAGUAUGGCGACGUUGUACGGGUCGGGCCAAAUGACUUGUCGUUUCGUAAUCCCGACGCCGUCAACACCAUAUACAAGGGAGGUCGACAACUACAAAAGACAGGGUUUUACGAUGGGUUUACGACUUUCAAUCCCAACUUGUUUGGAACACAAGAUGAAGAGAUUCACGCCAUCAGACGUCGCCAAAUGGCCCAUGCCUUCUCCCUGCAGUCCAUCAAGGAGAUGGAGCAUUUUGUCGACAGCCAUAUCCUGAAACUGAGGAAUAACCUGGACCAUUUCUGCGAUAGUAACCAAGAUUUUGAUCUCAAGGACAUGAUUGCCCUUUACGUCUUCGAUGUGCUAGGUGAGCUCGCCUUUAGCAGAAGUUUCGACUCGCAGGAUGAGAGAGAUCUAGCCCGAUUACCGCCCAUCAAUGACCAUAUCUAUCUUGCUUGCUUGAUGGGAAUGACGCCAGAUGCUCUCCCGUGGAUCAAGAAGGUUCUGCCCUUCAUCCCCAUUCCAUGGCUGCAACGUCUGUUCAACGCUCGUGCGCAGCUUCGGAAUCUGACUGCGGCUUGUGUCAGGCAAAGGAUUGAAGCUGGAUCCAGCGGCCGCAAGGACCUUCUCUCGUGCUUGUUAGUGGCCGUUGACCCUGAGACUGGGUCCAAGCUUACCGAGUUGGACAUUAAUACCGAGGCCUUUGCAAUGAUUGUCGCCGGGUCUCAUACAACAUCAGGCACCCUGACGCUCUUAUUCUCCCAUCUGCUACAAAACCCUGAGGUCUUGAACAAGGUUAUCCAAGAAUUAGAUUCGAACUUAUCUAAUAAUACGAGUCAAGUCAUUUCUUACCAGGCCCUCGAGAAAGAUCUACCAUAUACAAGGGCAUGCAUGCACGAAAACUUCAGAAUUAACUCUGUGUUUACCAUGCCAUUACCACGGAAGAUUAUGACUCCUGGUGGGCUUGUGAUUCAGGGAUGCCAAAUACCUCAGAAGACCACUGUCUUUGCUCUGAACCACGUCGUUCACCAUAACCCAUCGACUUGGGGCAAGGACCACGACCAGUUCAUCCCAGAUCGCUUCCUUGGUCCCAACAGCAAAGACCUCCAGGGGUACUUGUCGCCUUUCAGUACUGGGCAUCGUAUGUGCAUAGGCAAGAACUUGGCUAUGAUGAAUAUUUUAAAGGUGCUCUCUACGGUACUGAGAAACUACAAAUUAGAAAUGGUCCACCCGGAAGAGCCCGUCGAUGCUUUGAGUGUGGGUAUUUCUGAGAAGAAGGGAGGAUUAUUGUGCAGGAUAUCGAGGCGAUGA